ACAGUUAUCCAUUGAAAAUACUUUGAAGAAAGAGAAAGAAACAAACCAAAGCGCAGUAAUGAGAGGGAAUGGGAUUGGGGAGGACGAAGGAAGCAACUUCCUUGUGCCACCCACGUGAACCCGAAAUGGACGUGUCUGAAUCUCACUCGUUGGCGCGCACCAUUAACACCCAGUUCCCCAAUUUUGUUGCCCAUUUUCUCCCCUUUUCUGGGUCUGAUUUGAUUUGAAAAGACACCAAAAAGAACUAUCCUGCCAAUUGCUCAACCUGCUGUUACUCCAAAAUUUUUUAGUUUUUUCCAUUUCUUUUUCCAGUGUUCUUGGAUUUCGUUUCUGGGUUUGUAGGUUUGGAUUUGCGUCUCUGCAUCCGAUCGAUUUUCUCGUCUUCGGUGUUCAGAUGGAGGAGAAGGAACAAAACCCAACUGAGAUCAACAGCUUCUAUGUUAUUUCUAAGCUUAGGACAAACCCUUUUGACUUGAACAAGAAAAGAAAGCUACAAGCUGAACAUUUGGGCUUGCCUUCAGCAAAGCAUAAACACUGCAGUGAAGGGUUCCCUUCUAAGUCUGCUUUUCUGUAUGGUGGCCUAUCCGAAACCGAGCACAUGGAUGCACAGUUCAUAAAGGGGAAUGCCAAUGUACUGUGUUUCGAAGAGGGGUCAAGGCUGGAAUCAGUAAAAGAUAGCAAUAGCUUGAGUGAGGAGUCUGAUUCUGCAACUUCUGUAUUUCAUGGAGGAAAAUUUGAACCAAACCAGGCCAUAACGUGCACAUACGACAGUUCUACCACACAAUCUAUGAGUUUUGGUGGGGCAAGUUCUGAAAGCACCCAUUUCUCUGUUGAAAGUUCCACAGCUAUGGAAUCGAGCUCCACCGAACAGGAAGCAGCGUUUGCAAGCGGCGAAAAUAGAAUAGAAUCAAUUCACAAACUUCAGGAACAUCUACUUGAAUUGGAUAGCCAUGAAGAUUAUGAUUGUGCAGAAUAUGGAAAUGAUGACUUUAAGCAAUGCACAGACCAGGAACUUGAGGAACUUCUCUAUUCAAACGGGUUGAACCCGGAUACGUAUAUUCUUUCGUCUGGACGAUGGACUGUAAACCACGAGGCUCAAUCAAGAGCUAGAGCCCCGACGAUUGAUGAAGAAUUUGAGCAGUACUUUUCCAUGCUGAUGCUGUAACCUAUGUAAUGUAUAUAUUUCAACAGUCUUUAUGAAUAAAUGUGGAUAUCAGCUUCAUCCUUUCUGCUCA